CAUCACUAGUGAAACUGAAAGUGUUUCAAACUCAGGCGCUGUUAUAAAGACGCAUAAGAAAGAAGACCGAACGUAUUUUAAUAAAAGAACGCAUUUUAAAUCCCUUCAGUAAAUAGUUAAAAGGAAGAACUUGGAUUCAAGAGUCUCUUUGAGUCACGCAUCAACUAUAUGCUUGAAUUCAAUAGCUUAAGGGGGCAUUUUGAACAACUAGAAGGAGCCACACUUUCAGAGCUCUUGCACAGAAACCUUAUGAUCUAAAUCCCGUGACUUUAUGGUCAUGACAUCACAACAGAGGGGUUGGGUAAGAACCCACAUGUGGUUUAAACUGGUCUGAUGUGUUCCGGUCUCCUGAGGUAGGGGGCGCUGCUCAUAAAAUGAGUCUCUCAGGAAAGCCAGAGAAUAAAGGAGAAACCCACAGCACUGACAGAAAGAGAGUCCAGGUAGAAAGAUCAGGGUCACCUGCACCCAGCUAUGUGUCUGUGAAGAGUGACAGUUCUAUGGAUUAUCCAUUCAACCUCAAAGGAGAGUCCACAGGUGAUCAAAGGGUCCAGGUAGAAAGAUCAGGGUCACCUGCACCCAGCUGUGUGUCUGUGAAGAGUGAAAGUUCAAUGGAUUAUCCAUUCAACCUCAAAGGAGAGUCCACAGGUGAUCAAAGAGUCCAGGUAGAAAGAUCAGGGUCACCUGCACCCAGCUAUGUGUCUAUGAAGAGUGACAGUUCUAUGGAUUAUCCAUUCAACCUCAAAGGAGAGUCCACAGGUGAUCAAAGGGUCCAGGUAGAAAGAUCAGGGUCACCUGCACCCAGCUAUGUGUCUGUGAAGAGUGACAGUUCUAUGGAUUAUCCUUUCAACCUCAAAGGAGAGUCCACAGGUGAUCAAAGAGUCCAGGUAGAAAGAUCAGGGUCACCUGCACCCAGCUAUGUGUCUAUGAAGAGUGAAAGUUCAAUGGAUUAUCCUUUCAACCUCAAAGGAGAGUCCACAGGUGAUCAAAGGAUCCAUCAGUCACUGGACUCCAGCUGUUUUGAUGAUAAGACGUCACAGCUGUUUUUCCCAAAACAGGCUCUCCUACGCACUCUGAUGAAGCUGAAUAAAGAUGAAAAGUUGAAACUGUUUGAGAACCAUCUGAGUCAGGAUUGUCCAGAAUGCUUUGAGAGUCUCUCUGAAGAUCCUUGUGCUGUGGAUAAGUUUAUGAUGAGUGAACUGCUCAAGAGUCAUAAAAUUCAAGACUCCCCAGAAUGCACUGAGAGAGAGCAGGUGGAUCCUAAGGCCCUGUACAUAGUUGAGAAGAUGCUGGAGACCUGUGACAAUGAGAAGUCUCUGAAGAUCACACUCCGCAUCCUGAGGAACAUGAAGGAGAAGGAUCUAGCCAACUCACUGGAGAGAGAGCAGCGCAAUGAAUUCAUAAAAAGAGCCCAGCAGGCACUGAAAACUUAUCUGAGGAAGACGUUUGAAUGCAUAUAUGAAGGUUUGAACCACCCAACCCUCCUUAAUGAGAUCUAUACCGACCUCUACAUCACAGAGGGAGGAGGUGGGGGGGUCAAUGAUGAACAUGAGAUCAGACAGAUUGAGACGGCCUCCAAGAGACAAACCACACAAGAGACUGCAAUUCUCUGCAAUGACAUCUUUAAGCCUUUACCUGGACAAGAGAAACCCAGAACUGUGCUUACAAAGGGCAUCGCUGGCAUUGGGAAAACCGUCUCUGUGCAGAAGUUCAUUUUGGACUGGGCAGAAGGAAAAGCCAAUCAGGACAUUGAUUUUGUCUUUACUCUUCCUUUUCGAGAUCUGAAUUUGAAGAAGGAAACAGCAUUCAGUCUAAUGCAACUUCUGCAGCACUACUUACCGCAACUGAAAAAGAUAAAAUCAUUUGAAGGUGAUGAAGUCAAAGUCUUGUUUAUCUUUGACGGUCUGGAUGAAUGUCGACUUCCUCUCAAUUUCCAAAGCAAUAAAAUCUGCUGUGAUAUGACAAAGGUAUUGUCUGUGGAUGUGCUGCUGACCAACCUCAUUAAGGGUAAUCUGUUUCCCUCUGCUCUCCUCUGGAUCACCUCCCGACCAGCAGCUGCCAAUCAGAUCCCUCUUGAGUGUGUCCACCAGGUGACAGAGGUACGAGGGUUCAAUGACCCACAGAAGGAGGAGUACUUCAGGAAGAGAAUCAGAGAUGAAAAACAGGCCAGCAGAAUUAUCUCACACAUAAGGUCAUCCAGGAGUCUGUACAUCAUGUGUCACAUACCAGUCUUCUGCUGGAUUUCUGCUGUUGUUCUGGAGACAAUGCUGGGUGAAACAGAGAGUGGAGAUCUGCCUAGAACUCUGACUGAAAUGUACACACACUUCCUGCUCAUUCAGACCUAUGUGAAGAAUCAGAAGUAUCAUGGCACAAUUGGGACAAAUCCAAAGAAGAUGUCAGAGUCAGACAGAGAAAACAUAAUGAAACUGGGGCAGCUGGCUUUUGUACAGUUGGUAAAGGGCAAUCUGAUAUUCUAUGAAGAGGACCUGAGAGAGAGUGGCAUUGAUGUCACUGAAGCUUCAGUGUACUCUGGGGUGUGCACAGAGAUCUUCAAAGAGGAGUAUGGGUUGUAUCAAGAGAAGGUCUUCUGCUUUGUGCAUCUGAGCAUUCAGGAGUAUCUGGCUGCCUUGUUUGCUUUUUAUUCAUGCGUAAAUGAGAACAUAAAUGUACUCAGAACAGAAGAAUCAAAACCUCACGGUGACAGAGUGCAGAUGUCUGAGUUACACAGGAGUGCAGUGGAUCAGGCCUUAGAGAGUAAGAAUGGACAACUGGACCUUUUCCUCCGAUUCCUUCUUGGCCUCUCUCUGGACUCUGUUAAGACUCUCUUAGGAGAACUACUGACACAGACAAUAAGCCGAUCAUCUGUACCAGGCCUACAGACACAGACAGGAAGCCGAUCAUCUGUACCAGGCCUACAGACACAGACAGGAAGCCGAUCAUCUGUACCAGACCCACAGACAGGAAUAAGAUCACCCUUACCAGGCCCAAAGACACAGACAAAACAUAGAUCAUCUGUAUCAGACCUACAGACACAAACUGUUCGCAGAUCAUCUGUACCAGGCCUACAGACACAGACAGGAAGCCGAUCAUCUGUACCAGACCCACAGACAGGAAUAAGAUCACCCUUACCAGGCCCAAAGACACAGACAAAACAUAGAUCAUCUGUAUCAGACCUACAGACACAAACUGUUCGCAGAUCAUCUGUACCAGACCUACAGACACAAACAGGACGCAGAACACCUGGGCCACACGCACAGGCACAGACAGAAAGCAGAUUGGAGAACAUUGAGGAAACAGUCAAGUACAUUAAAAAGAAGAUCAGUGAAGAAUCUUCAGCAGAGAGGAUCAUCAAUUUGUUCCGCUGUCUCAGUGAACUGAAUGACAACACUCUGGUGGAGGAAAUACAGAAUUGCCUGAGAUCUAGAAAACUUUUGGAUAAAGUGCUAGAACCACACCAAUGUUCAGCUCUGGCCUUUGUGUUACUGAUGUCAGAGGAGGUCCUGGCUGAGUUUGACUUGAAGACCUACAACACAACAGCAGCAGGUCAUCAGAGACUGGUACCAGUAGUCAGAAACUGCAGGAAGGCCAUGUGAGUAUUAUUUAAUUCCUAAUGUAGAUGAUUGACAGUUAGAACUGAGAAAAUUCUUCACUUGUAAUAACCAGGCAAAACAAGGUAUAUCUACAUAAGAAAUAGGAUUUAUUUCUCCAGAAAGAGUCUAGCAUUUACACACGACAAAUGGUGGACAAGCCCAAACUCAAGAAAGCAGGGGCAGCCCCUACUUUUUAUUAUCAAAAGGUUUCUUUCUAAUAACAUACAUAAUUCUAAAUCUGAUUGGUACAUGGUAAUACAUAAGUAUAUAGUAACAUUUAACAAUUAAUUAAAUGAUUGACUAAGUUUAAAAGCAUAGCAUGAAUACUGAAUGAUGACUGAAAUUAACAUCCAGCCUUCAGCAUUACAAAUGCAAGCUCUAAAUUAAAAAUAAUUAUUUAAUCUUCAUCUAGCAUAUCCUUUCAUAGUCCAAGAGAACAUGGUGUUAGAGAUGGUUCCUGCCUGGUAUGGAUAGCAAGGGGGAGGCCAAGCUCACCCGUUUAAACUCCUAGAAAUGUAUGAGUGAGUGAGUGAGUGAGUGAUAAUUUUUAUCCAUUCUUUAUUUCUACACUCAACACACCACUGACAUUACAUAAAAAACAAUACACCAAAAAAUAAAAAAAACUAACAUUAACAAAACCACAAGUCUACCACAAAAAAAAAAAACA